AUGCGUCGACGUCGCACAUUUAUUUAUAUCAUUCAGAUCAUACUUAUCGCAAGUCUAGUAUUCCUUUUUUAUUUUGUUACGAUUUCUGAUAAAAACCUUUUCAAGCAAGGUUUUGGUAAAAAGUUUCGGAAUGAAUCCUCUUCUUCUUUUCCACGUCAAGCCCAUUUACUGGACAACUAUUGCAAGUUCGCAUGGACUGAACCGAUGGAUAACACCUUGAAGAAACGACUGAAAUUUCCAAAACGAGCUGGCUGUGAAAAAUACAAUAUUGAUCUCUUCAAACGAUACCCGGCUACAGGUGAAUUCUCAAUGAAAUCAAAAGCCCAUAGAAAUAAAUUGGAAUGUGUUGCUCAAGUUUUAAAAGGAGGAUUGAGGCCAGCUGCUCACACUUAUCAACUAGGAAAGACACAAACAUUCUCUCCGAAACUCAACAAGAGAUUCUGGAUCAACGCCAACAACUUCAUCCUCACUUGUUUCUCUGGGCAACUUGUGAUUUAUAGAAAACAGUUUAUGGGAUUCAAAAUGGAUGAAAACUUGAAAUUAGUUGUCGAUGGUCCAUUUGAAAUACCCGAACCUGAAGCGAAGAUUCUAAAAUCUGACUCCAAGCAGUUUUCCAUUUCGAUUCUUGGCUUGGACUCAACUUCUAGAGCCCAAUUUGGAAGGCAUAUGAGAAAAACUACGGAUUUGUUGCAGAGCAUGGGGAGUGUGGUUGGAGACAACAGUGCAGUCAACUUGAUUCCUAUUCUUGCUGACGAGCUCUCCGAAACAGAGAAUCUGAAUCUGUUGGAUGAGACAGGAGAUGUGAAUCUGAACAAGAUUCUCCCAACUAAAACUCCUUUGAAUCCUGAUACAAUUCAAUGGAUCUGGAAACAUCUUCCUCCUGAAUAUAUCACAAUGUUCAAUGAUGAUGUAAUGCAUACUUCUCGUGGACUUUUCCAUUAUCCUCCCGAUAAUUUUCUGGACGGAUUUGGAGAGUCACCUGCUAGAUUCUAUUAUCGUCCUUACUAUAAUCAUUUGUAUAGUCAAUUGAGUAAUUGGUGGAGAAAAUGUUUAGACGGAGAGCUGUUGGCAGAAGUUUUUAUUGAUUCUUGGUUCCGAUUUGAACGGAUAUUUUCUAAAAUUCCUCAUUUUGGUUUCACUUUUAUUUCGAGCCUUACACACGACGAUCCGAACAAUUUGGAGAUGUUGGAUCACACCUUAUUCCAUAGAUUGGACUACUUGAAUAGAACUGGAAGUUUGGAAAACACAAUUCUCAUCAUCCUCGGAGAUCAUGGAAACCGAGUUCAUCCUCUCAACAGAUACACUUUCGCAGGAAAAAUAGAAGAAAGAGCUCCAUAUUUGAGUAUUUUGGUGCCGCCCAGGUUUCGAAAACUAUUUCCUGAGAAGUAUAGAAACUUGAGAGAGAAUUCUCAGAGAUUUGUUUCAAAUUUCCAUGUUCAUUCCACCCUAAAGUUUAUAACAAGCCUGUCGAAAAACUUGGAAAGUUCUCGACGGAACAAAAGUCUUUUUGAGCUGCAACCAAUGAAUUCCACGUGUCAGGAUAAUAGAGUAAUAAGUAAUCAUUGUCUAUGUAUGGUUGAUGCUUCACAAGACAUUUCAAAAGUGCCAAACCCGGAAUCUCUCGAGGAAGUUUUGAGAACCUAUUUGACAGAUUUCAAUGAGUGUUUCAACGUGGAAUCACUUCAGUGUGGGAAUGUGACAGAAACAUUAAUGCCGAAUAAUUAUGUUCAAGUGUGGGCUCGAACGAAAAUCAGUGACAGUGAAGUGGUGCGAAAAAAGGAAAGAGCUAGUGCGGUUAUUUAUCCAUAUCUGACAUGCAAUUUGCAAUCGAAGAAUGGCGACUCAGUGGAGGUUUUCACACAGUUCCGGCUUAUUCAGUUGUCUCAAAACAUCACGAUUCCAUAUCCACCGAGACUAUCUGUCAAUUCGCCCAGUCAAUGUUCUCAUUUCUCAUUUCCCACGGAUUACUGUAAUUGUGUUGAUCUCCUUUUAGCAGUAUAG